CUAGCUAAACCACAGACGGAAAUACAGAAAUUUGUUAUCUGGAAUUCUUACAGUACCAGUAACUUAGACAUGGGCGGUAUGGGGACUAACAACAAACGACUCAAGAAGGAACUUAUGUCAAUGCAGAGUGAGCCUCCAGACAAUUGUUCUGCUGGACUUGUUGGUGACGACAUAUAUCAUUGGCAAGCGACAAUAUUUGGACCUGAUGACACACCCUAUGCUGGAGGUAUGUUUUUCCUCGACAUGAGGUUCCCUACAGACUAUCCUUUUAAAGCACCGAAGAUCGUAUUUAAAACUAAAAUAUAUCACCCUAACAUAAAUAGUAAUGGAAGUAUUUGCGUGGAUAUAUUGAGGUCACAAUGGUCACCAGCCAUCACUGUUAACAAAGUUUUAUUGUCGAUAAGUUCAUUGAUGGCGGAUCCUAACCCAUCUGACCCAUUGGUACCGGAAAUAGCCAAAUUGUACGAGCAUAACCGACAGGAAUACAACGCCAUCGCAAAGGAAUGGACUAAUAAGUACGCACGUUGAAAGCAUUUUUACAGGACUACCCUAAUACAGCUAUAUAGAUGACGUCAUAAGGACUGAUAUAUCAGAACGACAUAGAACAAAGCUAUCUGUGAUACAUAAAAUAACGGCGAUAGACAGUAAUAUGCAUCGUUCUUCAUUAAGUAUAACGUCGUCCAAUACACCAGUUAGUAAGUCAUUUGUGAGGUGUCUACUGAUGAAAAUAUUACAACAUGGCUUAUCUCGAAUCUCUGGUGUUUGAAUUAUCAAUAAAUGUUACGCGAGUUCAUUAACAGCGGCCUUUUCCUGGUUGCAGGGUAAACUGAAGCUAUAUCAAGAACUGGCAUUUCUUACUUUUAUCAAUAUUGAAAAAAAAUCGCGUUCGUGAAAUAUUCACAAACGAGUACUUUUAUGUAUAUGUUGUAUUGUUUAUAUUGUGUUGAAAUCUAAUAAAAUUAUUAUUUGUGACAAUAAAAA